GUACCAUUAUUAAUGUUGUCUUUAGUGUACGGACAAAUCUUCAAAAGAGGAGAAGCACAUAGUCCGCGGAUAUUACAGAUGUCAUUUCCACGUUGAUAUUCUGGACGCGACCCAAGACGUCGUAGGCUCGGGGUUCAGGUUGAAGUGUGUUGGAGGAGGCAGGAUCAAACAUGACGAUACCGCAAAAGAGAUCCUGGUCUACGGCUAUUCACAUAUACCCCCUCUCUCUCCUCCCAAUAAUGUUACUGCCCUUUGGCUUUUCGUCUAUUUUUGUGGAAUUAGAGGGCCUUUGCGCCGCCUGGUAAUUCCCACUUAUACUUCAUUUCCAGGAAAGUUUUGUUGCGACGGUGAUGGACUCUGUAAUAUGCGUAGAAAUUUAACAUAGAA